AUGUGGAGGCUAUCAUGGCACUAUCUACUCCCCUGCCUCUUCCUGUUGGACUUGAGUUUUCAAGCCAUUUCCUCAUCUCCUUAUAACUCUUCUUCUCGUUCAAUCAAACUUUGCUCCCCUGAACAAAGCUCUUCCUUACUCCAUUUCAAGAGCAAGAGCACCUUAAAAAUUGAUAGUUCUUCUUACUAUCCUUGCAAAGAAUAUCAUUAUCCUAAGGCAGAUUCUUGGAAAGAGGGACGUGAUUGCUGCUCAUGGGAUGGGGUCACUUGUGAUAGCUACACAGGUCAUGUGAUUGGCCUUGACCUUUCUUAUAGUUGGAUCCAUGGCAUUGUUAAUGACAAUAGUAGUCUCUUCCUCCUUCACAAUCUCCAGAAGCUCAAGCUCGCUUGUAAUGAUUUCAGUGAAUCGACAAUCUCAUCCAAGUUUGGUCAAUUCAUGAAAUUAACGCAUCUUAACCUUUCUUUCUCCAGUUUCUAUGGCGUAAUUCCAAUCGAAAUUUUUCACCUAUCUAAACUUGUUUCGCUUGACCUCUCUGGUGUUACUGAUUCCCUUAGAUUACCUGAAUUGAGCCAACAUGUUUUUAAUAAGCACUUACAGAAUCUUACAAAAUUAAGAUAUCUUCACCUCGAUGCUGUGGAUUUGUCUUUAGUUGCACCUGGCUCCUUGCUGAACUUGUCUUCUACUCUGAUAUCUCUUAUAGUUGGCGAUACUAGUCUGCAAGACAGUUCCCUUAGAUUCUUGGAUCUCUCUGUGACAAAUUUCUCAGGACAAUUACCUGACACAAUCGGCGAUCUUAUAUACUUGAAUGUAUUGGAUCUCUCUGUGACAAAUUUCUCAGGACAAUUACCGGACACAAUUAGCGAUCUUAUAUACUUGAAUGUAUUGGAUCUCACUGCUACAGGUUUCUCUGGAAAAUUGCCUGACAAAAUUGGCAAUCUUAGAUACUUGAAUGAGUUGCAUCUUGGGUCAAAUAACUUCACAGGUUCAAUUCCAACAUCACUUUGGAAUUGCACGAAUAUCACCACUUUGGAUUUGGCAUACAAUAAGUUUACAGGCAAAGUUGCAAUGUCAUUAUCUAAACUUAGUCAACUCAGAAGUUUAUAUCUCAGUUUCAACAGUUUUUUAGGACAGAUUCCAGAUGUUUUUGGCAACCUCAGCAAAUUGACCAAUCUAGGUCUUUCAGACAACAAUUUUCGUGAUGGAAGAGUUCCAUCUUGGUUGUUUACUCUACCAUCUUUGGAGACAUUGUUCCUUAGCUAUAACAAACUCACAGGUCCGAUUGAGGAGUUCCAUCAGCCUGGUUUUGUGAAUGUUGUUUAUUUAAUGAAUAAACAAAUUCAAGGUUCAAUUCCAAAUUCCAUGUUUGAAAUUUUAAACCUUACACAACUUGACCUUUCUUUCAACAAUUUGAGUGGCAUUGUGAAACCAGAAAUGUUGUCCAAGCUCAAAAAUAUAGUUAUGAUUGACCUUUCCCAUAACACCUUACUAUCUUUAGUUACCCCCAUAAAGGCCAACAUUACCUUGCCUAACCUUCGAGAGUUCAGAUUCUCUUCUUGCAACAUAACCGAAUUCCCUUUCUUCUUAAGAAACUCAGAAAACUUGACAAAUUUAGACCUUUCAAACAAUGGAAUUCUUGGCCAGAUUUCUCAACAACAAUUGGAAUCGUUUCACAAUUUAUACUUUUUGAAUCUCUCUCACAAUUUUCUGACAAGUUUUGUCCCUUUUGGAAAAGCUUCCAUGAUGAAUCUAGCUGUUCUUGACCUUCAAUCCAACUUGCUCCAAGGCCCACUUGUGAUGCUAGAUGCACCUAAUAUGGAAACCUUAUUAGUUUCCGACAAUAUGUUGAUUGGAAAGAUCUCUCCGUUCAUUUGCAACUUGAGCUAUAUUAUACGUCUUGAUCUGUCUUACAAUGGCUUGAAUGGAACCAUUCCUCACUGUUUAGAAAUAAACUCUCCUAUCUUUCAAUCUUGCAUCUACAAAUGA